AUGAACGGGAAAACAGAAAGUAACCCAGCGACGGGAAAUGGAUCAUAUGAUCCUUCCGCUUUACCUGAUUACGACAACGACUUCAUCGCCCGCGAGGACCUUGAAGCGUUUGCGCAUGCCCUCACAGCACCGACCACCGAGCCUCUGGUAGCGCUCAACGAUUGGGGACCCAUUCGGCAGAGAGUAAAGCGAACUCGCGUUCGACGUAAACCGCCGAGAAGGUCCAAGGAUGAGACUAGGGAAGGGUUCGUGUACAGCCUAUUGUACUAUCCUUUGUUGUUCGUCGUAUGUGCCUGGAUCGUCUUUUUAUUCAUCAUUUACAACCUCACUCGAUUCUAUAUAUUUGCAUAUGAGCACCUUUUCACAUGGACUGGCCGACGAGAAACGCUGCGGCGGCAGCUACAACAAGCCAACACGUACGACGAGUGGAAAAGUGCGGCUGAUCAGCUUGACAAAUACCUCGGGAACGAGGAAUGGAAGCAACAAGAUCAAUAUUCUUACUACAAUCAUCAGACAGUUCGCAAAGUCACCGCUCAGUUAAUCGAGCUUCGACAAAAGGCCGAGACCGAAGCGGAUAAUGGCCGAGUUGGGUUCCGGGUAUCUCCUGCUCUCGAUGAGCUCAAGGCAUUGCUCGAAAGCUGUGUCAAAAACAAUUUCGUGGGUAUCGAAAACCCUCGCUUGUAUAGUGAGACCUACCUCGGCACCAAGGUUUUGAUCCAGUCGUUUGUUGAUGAGGUGGAGAGGAGCUUGAAAUUGGUGCUCCAUUCAGAAGAGCUGACGGACCACGAUAAAGCUGUCUUCUUUCGACAUCUGGAACUCAACUAUGGACGUACAGCAUUAUGCCUGUCUGGAGGGGCCACCUUCGCUUACUACCAUUUUGGCGUCAUCAAAGCCCUUCUUGACGCCGGACAGCUCCCCGAGAUCAUCACCGGGACAUCGGGUGGUGCGCUAGUUGCGGCAUUGGUAGCUACGAGAACGGAUGAUGAAUUGAAAGAACUACUGGUGCCCGCACUGGCCCACCGCAUCCGAGCCUGCCACGAAGGGUUUGCAACGUGGAUUCGCAGAUGGUGGCGCACCGGCGCCAGAUUUGACUCGGUGGAUUGGGCGAAGCAAUGCAGCUGGUUCUGUCGGGGAUCUCUGACCUUCAAAGAAGCUUUCCAGCGGACCGGUCGUAUCCUGAACGUCUCAUGCGUCCCAUCCGAUCCGCACUCUCCUACAAUUCUCAACAAUCAUAUCACGAGUCCCGACUGCGUCAUCUGGUCUGCUGUACUUGCUUCCGCAGCUGUCCCUGGAAUCCUCAACCCGAUCGUUCUGAUGCGAAAGACGCGCGACGGUCAGUUGGUUCCAUACUCUUUUGGCAACAAGUGGAAAGAUGGUAGCCUACGCACCGACAUCCCCCUGAAAGCGCUGAAUCUCCAUUUCAAUGUCAACUUUUCGAUUGUCUCGCAAGUCAAUCCGCAUAUCAAUCUCUUCUUCUUCUCACCAAGGGGUUCGCCCGGCAACCCUGUCACUCAUCGCAAGGGUCGCGGGUGGCGAGGUGGCUUCCUUGGCUCCACCAUUGAGACCUCUGUCAAGCUGGAUUUGCAGAAAUACAUGAAGAUCUUGCGGCAUCUCGAGUUGCUGCCGAGGCCGAUGGGACAGGACUGGAGCGAAAUAUGGUUGCAGCGCUUCUCCGGGACCGUGACCAUUUGGCCAAAAACGAUUGUGAGCGACUACUGGAACAUACUCAGCGACCCCAGUCCGCAACGCCUGGAUCGUAUGAUCCGUGUGGGGCAACGCAGCUGUUUCCCCCGGAUUCGCUUCAUCUCAAAUCGCAUGAAAAUUGAACGAGUCAUUCUCGAGGGCCUCCGCCGUGGCGGACCGAUCGACGACAGCCAUCGCGUACCCGAUCCUGUUCAUGAACAGCAAGCACAAGAAGCGCUUCUCCAUGGCCGGAGAAAGCCUGACAGUCUACGGCCUGAUGGAUAUGGUGAUGAGAUAGAGGGGCGCACCCCUCGCCGGCAAAGUAGCAUUCUGGCAGAGCUCACUCGACAGGCUUCGGUGUUGUGGCAGGGCGAGGGUCAUACAGAAGGCGAGGAGGAUGCUAUCGAUUCGCCUUAUGAGGCCGAAGAAGAAGUCUUGUGA